AGAGAAGGGAGGUUUACCAACAAGACUACAAUUCUUUCUCUGAUCUGAAAAUGUGGGCUGUUGUUGGAUUGAGUUUAGUAGUUUUGCUAGUGACAUACAUUACUCACUGGAUUACACAAUGGAGAAAUCCAAAGUGCAAUGGGGUUCUCCCUCCAGGUUCUAUGGGCUGGCCUCUCGUUGGAGAGACUCUCAAUGCGAUGACUAAGAGCUAUUCCCUUGAUCUUCAUCCUUUCUAUAAGAAGAGACUUCAAAAAUAUGGCCCAAUAUUUCGGACUAGUUUGGCUGGUAGACCAAUUGUAGUCUCAGUCGAUCCCGAAUUCAAUAGUUACCUCUUUCAACAAGAAGGCAAGCUCGUUGAACUAUGGUACUUGGACUCAUUUACCAAGAUCAUCUUGGUAAAUGAGUCCAAGUACCAUAGUUCAACUAGCUUGGCUGGUAAACCAAUUGUAGUCUCAGCCGAUCCCAAAUUCAAUAGUUACCUCUUUCAACAAGAAGGCAAGCUCGUUGAACUAUGGUACUUGGACUCAUUUACCAAGAUCAUCUUGGUAAAUGAGUCCAAGUACCAUAGUUCAACUAGCUUGGCUGGUAAACCAAUUGUAGUCUCAGCCGAUCCCAAAUUCAAUAGUUACCUCUUUCAACAAGAAGGCAAGCUCGUUGAACUAUGGUACUUGGACUCAUUUACCAAGAUCAUCUUGGUAAAUGAGUCCAAGUACCAUAGUUCAACUAGCUUGGCUGGUAAACCAAUUGUAGUCUCAGCCGAUCCCAAAUUCAAUAGUUACCUCUUUCAACAAGAAGGCAAGCUCGUUGAACUAUGGUACUUGGACUCAUUUACCAAGAUCAUCUUGGUAAAUGAGUCCAAGUACCAUAGUUCAACUAGCUUGGCUGGUAAACCAAUUGUAGUCUCAGCCGAUCCCAAAUUCAAUAGUUACCUCUUUCAACAAGAAGGCAAGCUAGUUGAACUACGGUACUUGGACUCAUUUACCAAGAUCUUCAAGGUUGCUGACGACAUAAGUGCAGCCGAGAUCGUUCACAAAUAUGUCACAAAUAAUGAAAUAUCUUUUGUCGUCAAGGCUGAGAAUGAGGCACUUCUCAAAAACAGAGAAAAUGCAAAUUCCUCACUCACAUGGGACGAAUAUAAAUCGAUGACUUUCACUCGUCAGGUUAUCAAUGAAACUCUUAGACUGGGAAAUGUUGCACCUGCAUUGCUACGCAGAGCUUUGAAAGAUAUCCCAGUAAAGGGAUUUACAAUUCCAGCAGGUUGGACGAUUGUGGCUCUCACCUCUGCACUUCAACUAAGUCCCAACACAUUCAAGGAUCCCCUCGAGUUCAAUCCGUGGCGUUGGAAGGACCUUGACUCCCUUGUUAUAUCGAAGAACUUCAUGCCGUUUGGUCGAGGAUCGAGACAAUGCGCAGGGGCAGAGUAUAGUAGGGUGUUCUUGGCCACCUUUCUCCAUGUCAUGGUCACCAAAUAUAGCUGGAAAAGGAUCAAAGCGGGACCCAUUGCUCGAACGCAUGUGUUAGGAUUUGGGGCAAGCAUUCACAUUAAGCUCUCGGAGAAGAAAAACUGAGAUACUUUUCAAAUUCUGUUUAUGGGAAAUGAUCGAGCACUUGUCUAGAUGUACCUAUAAU